AUGCAAGGGCCGGCAAAGAAGGUGCCCUCGGGCGAUGCCCAGCCCAAAAAGCGGCAGGCAGGACCUCAGGAUGACAACGCCGGCCCCGGGAGGCCCAACAAGCGGGCCAAGGCUCGCGCCGAUCGUAACAUUCCCGUUCAUGCAUCCGCUUCCGAUGCCGUCACUGGGGAUGGCGACGUGAACCUGCCAAUCUUCCUGGAGGCUCUCCAGUCCAGCAUUGGCGGUCUCGAGAAAGCCAUGCGUAAGAGCAAGGCCUCGGGAACCAAGCGUGCCUUUCAGCAGGUCCCCCGGGAUAUGCGGCGGCGCACUGCCAGUCACAACCCUAAAAGGGUGCCAGGUCGACUGCGCGCCCGCGCCCGGGUUGAGAUGGCGUCAGACAAUACCCCGGCAAAGGGUAAGAAGAAGCCAAGGGAUACGGUUGAAAGGGCACUUAAUAAGGUGGAAAAGGCGAGGCGUUCACUCAGGAAGACGCUCAAGCAGACCGAGGUAAUCCGUGAAGAGCUUCAUCUCCGUGCCAACACUGUGCAGUUGGCCGAGAUUAAGACGAACAGCAAAACUGCUGGGGAGUCACGCUGUCUCAAAGCCCAGUUUGAGCACUUGUCAAACGCUCUGGACAAGACUCGGCAACUAGUUGGUCGACUCCAGGUUCAAUUAGACUUGGAUGGUAUACGGAACGCAGCAGACCAGACACUCCUGGCUGCCCAAGAGGCCAAGAAUCUCGAGGAUGCCAUGACGAAAACUAAGAAACUAAAUAACAUGCUAUCAGAGCUCAGAGAUCCGAAGCAACCAUCGGAACUAUCUGAAAAGCUUGGAAAAGCACUUGCCAAAACCAAAAAGCUUAAUAAGAACCUGGCCAAGGUCAAACAGCCCACCGCAUAUAACUCUGACAUUGCUGAGAACGAAAAAGGGGAUGAUGACGUAGAGAUGGGCAGCGAUACGGACAACCCACAAACACAAACAUGUGCUCUGCCUUCUCGGCGGAAAAACGUGCCAAAGAGGGAUGAACAACUGCCCACACAUCUCUGGCAUGCGAAACGAGCCAAGAUGUCAACUAUCGAUAACCCAUUCUUCAGCAAGCCGACACCUAUCAAUAUGAAUACCAAAACUGUCCGCAAAAUCCAUAGAGCCUACAAUGCGUCCGCGUUCAUGCAUGAUGCGAGCCACAGGGGCUUCAUUCAAGCCUCAGGUCCUAUAUACGACGUCAAAGCGGUGUUGGAGGUGGUGGGAAUAAACUACCCGGGUGCCUCAUCUGAUUGGAUACGUGGAUGCCGUGUGUGGACUGGUAUAAUCCGCUUCGCAGAAUCUGGCAAGACUGGAGAUAUUACGCCUGCUCGAGUUAUCUGGAACCCAUCUGGCCAAUCCCUAGACAUGCUAGAUGAGGUUUCAACAGAGCGUCAAGUACUAAUCGAGGUCGAACCGGAUACCGUCCAGUUGGUCAUUCAUGCUCUGACGACUGCAGCAGAUCAUCUUGGCGACACAAGCAACCAGGUGACCAUACGAGAUCUUUCCGGCAAGCUUGGAUGUAUAGAACUGCUUGGCCCUGGCUCUGGACAGCGCCUGACUGAUAUACUUAUGCCACCGCACUUCCCAAGCAAUCAAGAUGCACGCAACCCGACUCAUUGGCGGCUAUUCCGCGCAAUAGCACAGACACAGCCCUCUAUGCUUGGACACGCCGUUGUCAUGGGACUGAUGAUCAGAUAUCCUGACAAGUACGGCAGAGAAGAUGUCCCUACGGCAGAUUGCAAUGAUAAAGACGACGCUGAGCAGCUUCUUGAAGCGCAAGAGGAGUGGGCAACCGAGAAAAAUCCUCAACCAUUGGCACUUUUGGAUCGAACUAUAAGAGGCGGCGCUUUGCAAGUGAUACAGAAAAAGCAAGUUGCAGCAGUCAAGGCCAGCACGGACGAGGCAAAGGGAUCAGAUCAGAGUGGCUCUUCAAUACCUAUACUACUUCUGUGCUCUGCAUCACAUUCACGCGGAAUCGAAGGCAAAUGGACCAUCGUCUGCCAACGUGAGCUGGUCAAACCGCUAUGGCUCCGUCUGUUCAGCCAAAAAGGGCAUUUCGGCGGCGAGAUUGAAAUAGCAUGCGUGGAGGAGAUGCAUCGUAUACACACAGAGCAAGCGGUCAAGUUCUUUCCCGUUGAUUUUCCACACACGGUCCACGGAACCCUGUGGGAGCUCAGGGAGCGUGAUCGUCUCCAAAAAGAAUGGGAGUCACGUCCGAAAGGCAAACGAACAAACUGGGCAACCCUGAACCUUGGACAUGAUGGCAAAGGUGAGCAUGGAAAUCCUUUUGCAUGCGAUUGGGAGCAUCUUCUGCAUGGCUCAACCUCGCCUCGGUCCAAAUUGCCACACAAGUCGAAGGAGGACAAAGAGGUGAAGGAUAAUUCACCGGUGCGUCUUGUUUCGCCAGAUGUCCCGAGACCUUUUGCAAUAUCUGUUUCUUCGGCCCUUUUCAGAGACUUUUUUCGGGCCGGCGUUGACCCUGCAAAAAGGCCUUCAAUUCCCGUGCUCGGAAUCUCCACUGUUCAUAUCAGCAUGUUUGAAGGAGGCGUCCCCAAUCCCCGUGCCCGAGUCUAUCUCCCCCCAAGCUUGAAGGAACAAGAAGAGCUCAGAAUCUCAUGGCUUGAGCGCUUCAAAGUUACAAUUGGUAGUGUGGGAAACAAACGCACGCAAAAGUCAAGCUCGGACCGACGGUUCCCACAAUCAUCAACUUUUACUGAGCGCAAGGAAAUCUUGGCGGAAAGCCUAUUCAGAAACACAGAUUGCGAGACUGCUGCUGGGAUGGGGGCAUCUCCCGUAAAACAGUAUCCCCAGGUCUUUGCCAAAGACCUGAUGGGAUACGUGACAAGCGGCGGAUAUAAUCUAGCUAGGGGCAGGGGUCAUGGUAUUGGCCACCUAGCGGCGAGCAAAAUUGCGGAAAGCAUGCAAGCCACUAUCGAUGUGGGAGGGUCAUGGAACGAUGCGGAAACCUUCUACUGCGUUGUCCGCAACGUUGGGGAAACGAUCUGCCGACCAGCGAUCUGGUGGUUCGUUGAGGAAAAUAGGGGUAGGAGAUAA